AUGUCUGCUGCGCAGAGGCGACUUGCUGACCAGCCAUCCUUUUUUGCUGCUUUUUGCGUCUGCUGGCUGCGAUUUGACCAGCCACCGCCAGCGCCAACGCCAGCAAGCCGCCGCUGCAGGAGACAAACCAGCUUCGUCCGUCUCUUGAUUCUGCUUCCUCUUCUUCUUCUUCUGCUUCUUCUGCUUCUUUUCUUUCCUGUCUUCCGUCGACCUUUUCUUUUCUCUGUUCGACGUCCCGACCUUGGUCCUUUGUCUGCUGGCGUUGACCUCCAGCAUCCCCUACAGCCAGCAGCAGCAGCAACAUCUACUACACCCUCCACUCCCGCAGCGCCGGAGGACACCAGAGAGAGAAAGCCACGAAGCCGGAGCAGCAGAGACCAAUUGAUCUUCCUCCCUGCCCGAGACGCAGCCCGACUCGCCGGCUUUCACGUUGACUCUACGAUAUCUACCUCUGCCCGGCCAUCAAGGCAGCGCCAGCGACGCCACCAGAGACGAGCUGCCCUGCUCAAAACCGCCGGCCAGAGCCCUUCGCCCGACCAGAAACACCCUCACACCCAGCAGACACAGCAGAGACCGACACCACGCCGGCAGCUUACCCUUGAUUCCAUAGAGCAGAGGCUCGAGGAUACCCAGAAGGAGGGCCCACGGCAGGACUCGCGGCAGGGAGCUCGUCAGGGUAGCACUCGUCAGGGCACUGCGUCCUCGUACUGGCCGGCGCAGAGCAUCAGGGUCUCCCCCAGCACCACUUCGGCCAUCCUCUGGGUGCUUGAAGAGGCCAUCCGCACCCCUUAUCCCUUCACUGCAGACCCGGCAGAGCUCAACGCGUCCAUGUCGGAGCUCUUCGAGACCGCACCAGCAGAUGUUGCCAACGGCCGCAGCAGCCAGCAUCACCACCACAACAACGGUGUAGCCGUUGCCGCCGGUAGGAACGGGAUGGUACCUGCACCCAGCACUACGGGUGCCACCCAUGCUCCCAGCGGUGUCCGCACCCCAACCGAUAUCAUGAGACGGCGGCGGGAGCGUGAACGGGCCCAGCUCAAAGCCGAGCAGGAGGCCAAGUUGAGAGAGGAGCAGCUACAGAAGCAGGCGCAGCUACAACUCCAAGCUCAGGCUCAGGUACAUCAGUCGGCUUCAAUCAUCACAGUCUCCCAGGAUUCUGGUCAAAGGCAGAGUGGCAGGCAAGAUACCGUCCGGAUCGUUGCAGACGACACGCAAAAGCCUGCCAGACAGCGGCCGAACACCUCACAGGCGGCCAAAAUGGCCAGUGGUUCACAGCAACAACAACAACAACAACAACAACAACAGCUACCAGACAGCUCAUCCAAACCACAGGCCAGUCAAUCUGCACCAGGUGGCCAGCAGGAGCCUCAGCACCAGCAACAACAACAACAACCAUCCAGGGGUAAAGCUGCAUUUCCUCACGCCUUUGAACGGUGGGAGAUGCUCUCCUCGCACUGGGAGGGCCUGACAAGCUACUGGAUCCGUCGUCUGGAGCAGAACAACGAGGAACUCAGCAAGGAUCCGCUCAGCCAGCAAAUGUCUCGACAGGUUACCGACCUCUCUGCUGCCGGUGCUAACCUGUUCCACGCAGUCGUCGAGCUGCAGCGUCUCCGAGCAUCGUCUGAACGCAAAUUCCAGCGCUGGUUCUUCGACACCCGCGCCGAACAGGAAAGGGCUCAAGAGGUGCGCGCAGAGCUCGAGCGUAUGCUCAGCUCUGAGCGCCAGGCCCGUGCUGACGCCAUAGCCGCCCUUAAGCAGGCCGAGAGCGACAAGGCCAAGGCCCAGGAGCUGGCCAGGGAAGUCCGGCGCGAACUGCAGAUCUCCCGAGACGAGGCCCGGCGUGCCUGGGAAGAGCUCGGCCGCAGAGAGCAGGAAGAGCGAGACCGUACCAUCUCGCUCAGGAAUGGCGAGCCCACGAUCGUUGGCGGCGUCCAGGUCGUACCGAUGCUACAGUCUGUCCCCAGCAGACACACUAGCACCGCCAACCGUCCUCCAACUAGGGAGGGCCCUUAUCCAGGCGGCCCCAGCGCGACCUCAAUGGGAGGCCAGUCCCAGCAGCGCCCCUUGCUGGAGACGACCGAGUCAACUGGGUAUGAUGACGAUGGCCACGACGCAGACCCCUUUAUUGAAGCAGGGAACCCCCCCGUAGUCCCUGAAGCGCCCCAGCCUCCUCGCCAGACUGAAAGCGGUCGAGGCCACUUCUACCAGCAUAACCGCCAGGCCAUCCACGGAGGUGCUCAAGCAGGCGUCGGCGAUGUCCUAUCCGAAGACGGCCGCGCCCCUACAACCACUGUCGGCGGUGCUGCUUCUCUUACUGCUCCUAUCGCCGUCACAAACGGCGGUACUCAGCAUGUCUCUGACGGACGUCAACUCUCCUACCCUCGCGCCAUGUCCGAUGAUAGUGACGACUACACCACAGAGCCGUUUGACAACUAUGUUACCUAUGGCUCCGGGCCCCAUGGCUCCCCAGGAGCAGGCACCAGCUCUGCGGACGACAGUCACAUCGGCUAUCCCGCCCCAGUCGACUACAGUGGAUCCGGUUGGGGAGUUGGCGGUUCAGGGUGGGACUCGGUCACUCCCCGGCAUCGCCAUCCGACCCGCCUCAGCGACGUACUGGAGGAAGACGAGCGAAGCCGUACCAGCCCCAGCCGCGCCAGCCAGACCAGUCGAAACAUGCAAUAG